UUAAGAGCUGUUUAGUUUAGAUCCAGUCGCGGUGCGCGGCCGUGGUCCUCAAGUCCCUCAAGAUGAUUGUUUUUAUUUUAACAUUCAUAGUGAUUGCGCUUUCAUGGCUAUACUAUGUUACUACGAGAAACCACAACUACUGGGACAAGAAGAAAGUGCCGUACCUAAAGCCAAAGCCGAUACUCGGUAAUUAUGGAGAUUACAUUCUAUUGAAGAGAUUUGUGGGAGAAAUAGCGCAGGACAUUUGCAGAACUUUCCCUAACGAGCCUUACGUGGGAACUUUCUACGGCUCGGACCCAGCUCUCCUGGUGCAAGACCCUGAAAUCUUAAAGCUUAUUCUGACCAAGGACUUCUAUUACUUCAGCAGCCGGGAGGUGUCCAAGUACACGCACAAUGAAGUUAUCACGCAGAACCUAUUCUUCACUUACGGGGACAGAUGGAGGGUCAUCCGUCAGAACCUCACUCCCAUCUUCACGACAGCGAAAAUGAAACUCAUGUUUGGCUUGAUAGUAGAAUGCUGCCACACCUUCGAAAAGUCACUGGACCUGGAGACAAGCGUAUCCGAUGUCAUUGAAGCAAGAGCGCUUACUGCUAGGUACACAAUUGAAUCCAUUGGAUCUUGCGCUUUUGGGAUUGAAACCAAUUCAAUGUUGCAAUCUGAACAAAAUCCUUUCAUCCUCAUGGGCAGUAAGAUUCUCGAAAACUCCGUUAUAAGAGCUUUGUUGUGGAAUGCAAGAGCUAUGUGGCCAUCCGUAUACUAUGGCGUGGGACUUAAGACUUUCCCUGGAGAAAUUAUCACGUUCUUCAAUACUAUUCUGACAAAUAUUUUCAAGGCCAGGGAUUACAAACCGACCGCCCGAAACGAUUUUAUUGACUGCAUUCUGAAUCUGAAGAACAACAAAUACAUUACUGGAGACAGCAUGAGCAGCGCUAAGGAUGGGGGGAAUAAGAAGGUUGUGUUGGAUGUGGACGAUGACCUGAUGGUGGGUAGUUGUGUGUUGUUCUUUACUGCUGGCUUCGAGACCUCGUCCACGACGAUGGCAUACACUUUGUAUGAACUGGCGAAGCAUAAGGAGGAGCAGAGACGCGUUCAAGAAGAAAUAGAUGAGUAUUUGAAAGCGCGUGAGAAUAAGUUGGGCUAUGAUUGCGUGACCUCGCUGACGUAUACAGAAGCUUGUGUUGAUGAGGCGCUGCGGUUGUAUCCCGUGCUUGGAGUCCUGACGAGGGAGGUGGUGGAAGACUACACGUUCCCGUCUGGCCUGACUUUAGAGAAGGAAAGUCGCGUGCACAUCCCUAUGUACCACCUGCACCACAAUCCAGAUUUCUUCCCGGAUCCUGAAGCGUUCAAGCCCGAGAGGUUCCUGCCUGAAAAUAAACAAAAUAUCAAGCCUUACACAUACAUGCCCUUCGGGGAAGGACCGAGAAUCUGUAUUGGUCUGAGGUUUGCGAAGAUGCAAACUCUAGCUGGUCUGCUGACGAUCCUCAAGAAGUACUCCGUGGAACUGGCGGAUGGCACUCCCGAGAAGCUCCAGUUCGACCCACGGGCGGUCGUGACGACUCCCAUCGGUGGGAUCCCACUCAAGUUCACGCCCAGAGACGGUUGGGAACAGAGGACCUUUAACAAAUAAUGCUAAGUGCCAAAUGAAUGCGAGUAGGUAGAGAAAACCAAUGGUUGGGGGCAUGUUUACCCGUAGGUAUAAUAUAAUAUAGGUACAGAAUGUCCCCUAAACAAUGGAUAACCUUACAACUAUUCGAUUAGCCUCGAUCUCUAUAAUAUCAACCAAUUUUCACCUUAGUAAAAAUAUCACAGAUUUAAAGAUUUUUAUUUUUAUUUUUAGAAAAUUGCCACCUGUGAUUAGUUUUUCUCAUGAAAUUCAACAAACUAGUUCCAAAACAUUUAAAAACAAAUUAAAAGAUGAAAAGGAAAAUUUACUUCGUAAUCUCGCAUGUGACAAUUUUCUAAAAGUACAAAAAAACUCAAAAAUCUUGAAAUCCGUGAUAUUUUUACCUGGUCAAAAUUUUAUUAUUAGAGACCAUAGCAGGCCUGGCUCACUCCGCGCGGUACAUCCGAUAAUUACCUACAGCGAAGCGCCCCGCCGGCGGGUAUUAUAUCAGUCGAGUGUCACGCGCGCGCCCGUCAGGACGCUGACGCUGGCGUGCGUUGUAGUACCUAAUUCUAUGAUCGAAGUAUUAUUUAAAAAUGGACAUAAAGAGAAAGAAAUAUUAUUGUGCGGCGUUCGGGUGUUUAAAUUCGAAAAGAAAUCUACCGGAUUUAUCUUUUUUUUCGCUUCCCAAAGAUGCUGAAAGGUAUGUUGGCCAUGUAGGUAAUCAAUAAUUCUUAGGAUAGUAUAGGAACCUAACCUACCAUGACUACUGCUCAGAAUGCGUUCGUUCGUUUCAGCCAAAAAUGACGUCCACUGCUGGACAAAGGCCUCUCCCAAGGUUUUCCAUAAUCAAUGCGUACUUACCUACAUACGUACCUCAUUACAAAUAAGUAGAUUAAUUAUUUUUUUACUAGACAGCAACCCUAACAGCGUAAGAAGAGUUCAGAGGCACGCGAUAGAAAGAGACAAAACUUGUAGGUGAAUAAAAUUGUAGGUACUUAGUGCUGUGCGAGCUGAAUUCCACUGUAUCGCGUCGUAGCAAGACUCGCAUUUAUUUAAAUCGUCUUGCGGAGUAAUCCUUCUGUACCUGUACUAUUACUUAUUCUGUGACCAUAGUGAGGCUUCUUGAUAAUUACAAUGUUAUCCAUUGUUAUUGGAACAUCCUGUAUAUUAACAUGUAUAUGUACAGUCGCGGAAUGAAAAGGUUCGUCACCUUAGUGUCGGUUUUCGCUUGCACUAGGUACUGUAAGAGUCAAACCUGCCAACAUUACAGAGCAAGAAACAGUGCUGCUAACAUUUAAAUAAAUAUGACGUUUGCUAAGGAAUAAGGUUUUGCUUGUUUAUUUUGUAUGCAAUGAUACAAAAUGUAGUUUUUUUUUUAUAGAAAUAAUAAUGGCAGGUUGAACCAACAAGAAGGUUUUAGUUUAUCAAUCAUAAUAAUCUUCUUGACAAGAUAAAUCGUCAAAAAACUUCGAUCUGAAUAAUUUUGAACUUUACUAAGCAACAGUUAAAGAUUAUUUUCUCUAACUCGAGAUUAUUCUGUAACAUAGUUUCAAAAGGUAAUAUGUGCUCGCGAUUCGUUGAAGGAUUCAAUUUGAAAACUGACGAACCUUUUCAUUCCGUGACUGUACAUAGGGAUGUAUGAAAAAAUAUUUCGCACUGUGCCGGGCCCGGAACGUGCCGGAACUGUGACAAGUGUGAAUCUACCAAACAAAACUUGCUUUAAUGUUAGUUAACUUAGUUAGUUAGAUAUCAUUUUUGUAUUUUCCUAUGCCUAUAAAGUUUUAUUAAUACAGUAAUUUUGUAAUAAACGGUGUUGGUUGUGUAAUUACCUACUUCAUUGGUUUAUUUUUUUGUUAAUUGUAAGUAAGUAUGCAUUUAUUGGGCAUUAAGGGUUAAUUAAAUAAAACUAUGGACAACCUAGUGGCUAAAAAUAAAAUUGAUUAAUGCAUAUUUAUGUUAUACUAGCGGCCGCCCGCGACUUCGUACGCGUGGAUCCCGUUUUACCCCCUUCAUCUAUCUUACGCGGUUUAGAUUUUUUCAUACAAAUGUUUUUUCCCGCUAACUCCCGUUCCCGUGGGAAUUUUGCAAUAUCCUGUUGUAACUAAGCUUUGAGUUUACUAAGGUACCUGCAUGCCAAAUUUCAAGCGUCUAACUUAAGCAGUUUAGAUUUUUCAUACAAAAGGAUUUUCCCGCUAAUUCCCGUGCCCGUGGGAAUUCCUAAGUAUCCUAUAACCUGCCCAGGAGUACCAAGAAUAAUUGUACCAAGUUUCGUUAAAAUCCGUCAAGUAGUUUUUGUUUCUAUAAGGAACAUACAGACAGACAGACAGACAGACAGACAGACAGACAGACAGACAGACAGACAAAAAUUUUACUGAUUGCAUUUUUGGCAUCAGUAUCGAUCACUAAUCACCCCCUGAUAGUUAUUUUGAAAAUAUAUUUCAUGUACAGAAUUGACCUCUCUACAGAUUUAUUAUAAGUAUAUAGAAGAUUUAUUUUUUUGUUAAUUGUAAGUAAGUAUGCAUUUAUUGGGCAUUAAGGGUUAAUUAAAUAAAACUAUGGACAACCUAGUGGCUAAAAAUAAAAUUGAUUAAUGCAUAUUUAUGUUAUAUUAUUAUGUAUUUUAAUGUAGGUACCAACUAAGUAGUUAAAUGUGUAAUAUUAUACCAUAGGUACUAUAAUGAUGUUUUUAAAAUAAAUAUACCUAUGUCGCAGUCGGAUUGUAUAAUAGGGUGUCCCUGUACUGUUGUUGUACCACUGUAUUUUUAUGUGUGCAAUAAAUAUUUUAAAUAAAUAAAAUAAUAAA